AUGAAGUUUGGAAAGUACUUGGCCUCUCGCCAGCUUGAGCUCCCCGAGUACUCGGGCCAUUUCAUCGACUACAAGGCGUUGAAGAAGCUCAUCAAGCAGUUGGGUGGAGGCAUCGACUUGGCCAACACGGAGCCCACCAGCCAGUUCCAGAUCCAGCAGAAGCUCAAGGAUAACAAGGCGAGUUUCUUUUUUAGGGUGGAGCGUGAAUUGGAUAAGGUGAAUCUGUUUUACUUGGAGAAGCAGGCCAAUAUGGCGAUCAACUUGGACCUUUUGAUUAUGAAGAAGGAGGAGCUUCUUACCAAGUCUUCAGAAAUGGCUCUGGACCCGUCGGUGAGCUCUUCGGCGCUCAAUUUCAAGAACUCCAUCUUGUUUCUUAAUUUGUACCAGAACUUUAAGAAGAUCCACCAGGACUUGCUUCGUUUGCAGCAGUUCAUUGAGUUGAACGAGCAGGGGUUUCUGAAGGUGGUGAAGAAAUGGGAUAAACGGUCCAAGUCUCAUACGAAGGAGCUUUUCUUGCAAACUGCCGUUAGCGUGCAGCCUGUGUUCCAUAAGAAUGAGAUCAACGAGCUCUCUGACUUGGUGAUUCAGUCGCUUUUCGACUUGGAGUCUAUCAUGGACGGCGACUAUUCAGUGUUGGAGAACUACAGGGGUAGAAGGCUGGUCCUGGCUCCAUCCAAUUACUCGGAGGUCAUUGCCAGACACAGCUCGAUAUCUGGAAUUGACCAACAGGACAUCAGUCUGGAUAAGGCUUCCUUCAGUCCUACGUUCCCCAAUUCUCGUCACAACUCAUUUACUGGUUUCCAUACGUCUGAGAUUGAUGAACUCUAUUCAAGUUUUGUGAACGUUGCCACGCUUAAAGAUACUGAUGUGUCGGUCUUGAACAGAUGGAUCGAGAAAGUGAGAUCCUCCUCUAAGGGUCCUCAUGGCGAAGCUGCUUCCAAGUACAAGUUUUCCAAGAUCUUCCUACUCGCUAUUAGCAACCUCAAAAUCUGUGACACUUUCCUUAAAACGUUCCUUGACCUUAUCAACUACGAUAUUGACUUUGAGUUAAGCUCCGAGGAUUUUAAUAACAACAAGUCCCUUGUCCAUGAAUGUGUUUCUAUCCAGCCAGUAUCUGCCUCUGAGGAGCAUCAACAUGUUAGUAUUAACAACGGUGUGAAAGUUGUCACUUCUGUGGAUAACGUCGACCAUUCCAGAGUUUUUAUUAUCGAGUACAUCAUACAGAACCUUUCUCCAGAAGCCUUGGGCAGGCUUUUGAUCCGCAAGGAUAUGAAUGGUAGAACUUGUCUUCAUUAUGCUUCCCAAAAUAGCUGCAUUGAGCUUUUGACCCUCCUUCUACCUCACUUCCCAAAAAGUCACCUUGACGACCUUGACAACGAAUCGAUGUCAGCAUUGCUUCUUGCCAUCAAACACAACAAUUUCGAUAUUAUCAAAAGUUUGGUCCAGCAUGGCAGCAACAGGUAUCCUGUUACCAAUGAGUCGAAGUUACAGUAUCUUCCUGUGAACUACGCUUGUAAGUUCGGUGACUAUCAGACGGUGGAAUAUUUAUUACGUUGCGACGAUACUAGUCCAGAAAUGAUCAAUCAACAAGAUGUGGAGGGCCUUUUCCCAUUACACGUAAUUGCCCGUUCAGGAAACUAUGCCUUGAUCAAACUUCUAUCUGAAUUUGGAGCUGCUGUGAAUCAGCUAGAUGGCUUAAACAAGUGGCCUCCGCUUUUCUACGCAGCAUCUGAAGGCCAUGUCAAGACUACAGAAGAGUUAAUUAAAUUUGGCGCUAAGCUUGAUAUUGUGGAUGAAGAUGGUUACAAUGUAUUGUACUACUGCGUUAUUGAAGGUCACAUUGGUGUACUUAACCAUAUUUUGUCUUACAGAAAGGACAUAGCGAAGGAGGAAAAGAGGGCUGGAGCAGACAUCACUAUGGACUCUAUUCCUGAAAGCUCGCUUCCUAGGCACAAACCUUUCCAAGAUGGUUCGGUGACCAUCCUUGAUGAAGAGGAGGAUUCUGAAGAUAGCGGUGACAUUGAAAAGAAUGUCGACCUGAUCCCUCACUUGGAGUUGCCUCCUCCAAUUCUUCCUCUUAGAAGAUACGGACACAAUUUCUUGGAGCAAAAAGUUUUAAUUGAACUUAUUUUCUCCAACGAGAAGGGAUCUAUCAAUUUGUUCAACUCUGCCACGGGCCUCCAACCCGGUAGAAUAACCAUCACAUCCAAUAUCUCAGACAUUGUCCCUAGAAACAUUUUACUUCCUACAAACGGCGGAGAUAAAGAAACAACGAGCUGCAUUUUCCAGACUGAAGUGGAUUCGUUGAACGAAUUCAGAAUUGACUUUGAGAUUUUCCCCAAGUUCGGUACCCGUCUUAUUGCCAAAACUACCGCCUUGAAUUUGAAACAGAUUGAUACGUCGUCCCUCGAAUUCAAUUCGACUGUUCUUCCGCUUUUUGACUUGCGUUUGAGGAACAUUGGUGAACUUAAGUUCAACUACCAGCUUAUUUUCCCAUUUUCAGGCACUUUGCUUGAGACAACGAAAUAUGACACCUACUGGAAGUCGUCUACCAGUUUCGUCAAAAAUAAGCCCACCAACAAGCUCAAUGGACAGGGUUUGUCGCCUAACAACUUCUUGUCUCCUUCUAACAUCAACAAUGCUCAGACAGAUGGAAAAGGAAGCAAUGGGGCUGUUGGAAACCAGGUCACCCUGGCUACUGCCCCUGGCGCCAAAUCUAAUUCUUCGUUUGUUACUGCCACCUCUCUUUCUGGUGAUUACUUGCGGAUCAAAGUUUGUCUUCUUAACGAUGGCUCACCAUUUGUAUGUCCUCACUGGUCAAUUGCUGUCGCUGAUAAUGUCGAGCUUCUUUUACCCAACUUGACUUUUGAACAGUUGACGACGAUAUCGUCAAGUCUAUUCGAUUACGAAAAGAUCAUCAAUGAUCUUUCAAAGAUGACGGUUAAGGAUAUCGGUCUUAUAAAGAAGCUUUUGAGGAUUAUCUACCUCCCUCUUGAUACAUUUUUGAACGUUCUUAGUACCGAUAUCAGAUGCAGCAUCGAGCUUGUUUUCCCUUCACUUUACGAAUUGGACCGCAUCCCAUUUGCUGGCAACAUUCAACUGAACCUCAAUACUUUCAUUGACCUCACAUUGAACAGUGUAUUUAAUCACAUAAGAGCAGUGAAGGUGAAUUCUAGAAAUGGGGCUAGUCGCUCUUUAAUAUUCCUUUCGUCUAAUUCGAUCGUUUGCAAGAUCUUGAAUUGGAAGCAACCAAACUUCCCUGUUUUCUUGAUCAUGAACGGAAUCGUCUACAACAAUUCUGCUGGCGUUUUUGAGGCACAUUCUGCAAAUGGUCUACCAAUUGACGGACCACAAGUCGACAAAGACGAUCAGCAUGGCUUCAAUGGCCUGAACCAUAACGCAAAAACAACAACGCCUGAAAGACAGCUCACGGCUAACGAUCAAGAGCUUACCGUGAGAUCAAUCAAAGACGCCGUUAACUUUACCAUAGACAAUAACCUCAUCGGUGUCAUCACUUCCAUCCACUUACUUGACCUUAUCCAGGGCUUGGUCUUGGUCGCAUCAAAUGACAUUAUGGACCCAGAUAGCAGUUCUGAUUUCUUGUCGAAGGAAUUGGAUAUCUACAGCAGGACUGAGAUUAAUGGCUUAAGAUUUGACGAUGUUCUCAGUUUCAAGGAAGAAACUGAUAGGAUCUAA